UCAAGUUAAAGAUUCAACUAAAUGAUUUUAACAAUUAGUUAAUUGGUAGUGUUUGUUAUUACGAGAUUAACAAUUAACUAAUUAACUAAACUCCUUAAAUAGUAUUAAUAUUGAAAGCUUAUAAUAACAAUAAUUUCCAAUCAAUUCCAAUUCCACCUGCUAUUCAACUGGAUUUCCUCUUCUCCCCACAAUAAGCUCCCCAUUCUCAUCAUUUUUACUCCUCAUCUUCCUCCUACUUUCUCUCAUAGUCAUCAUCUCUCCACCAUAGAUACCAUUUUAUUGAAUACAGUGUCAUAGUAAAUGUAUAGUGUCAGAGCAUCUUCAUCUCGCUGUUCAUUGUAACUCUCUCUCUCUCUCUCUUCCCACUGGCUCUCUCGAUUUAACGUCCAACACCCUAUUCAUCCUCAUCAUUAUCAACAAAUAACAACAACAAACCUUAAACAAAGUUUUUUUUUGCCAAUUUCAUUUCAUAACGUUAAUUGGUGAUUAUUAUUAUCAACAGAUUAUCAUGCCCAUUUCAAGUGAACAGUGUCAACAAUUAGAAUCAAAUUUUGAUAAAGUUAACAAAUUACCUUCAUCCAUCUCCUUAGCUUCACCUUAUUCAUCAUUCUCAUCUCCAUCUUCAUCAUCAUCAUCAUCAUUAUCAACAAUAUCCCAAGUUUCCUCACCACAAUCACCAACAUCACCCAACAAUAUCAACAAAAUAAUAACAACACCAAGCAAAAUAGAACCACCAAGUCCACCACCGCCUCCACCACCAUCAACUAAACCUUUCCCUGAUUACUCCCGGGAUAUUGAUCCAAACAUGUGUCUCUGCAAUAUAACAAGUGAUAAUCAUCGUUCAUACACCACAACGAGCAUACCCACCACCCAAACCACUCCAACAUACACUAGUGCUGACCUUUAUCAUCGUUUCCAUCCUCAUUCAUUUUCAUCAUCAUCUCAAUUGAUCACCAAUAACCAUCAUCAUCACCAUUCAUCUUCACCCUACAACAACAACCACCUUCAUCCAAUCCUUACCUCUCCAUCCUCAUCUUCAUCCUCUCCAAUUACAUCAACCACCUUGUUAACCAAUAAUAACAACACCAAUAUAAACAAUUAUUCACCAAUUAACAGUUUAAUUGAUGUUAAUCCAAUUUCUUAUAAUCCAGCAAAUAAUAUUGCCUCUUUAAACUUGAUCACCAACAACAACCUGAUUAACAAUCCAAUAAUCCCAACCUCCAAUUCAAAUGGUAACAUUAAUCCUAAUCUUAAUCAUGAUCAUUCAGAUACAAAUGGAUCAGUUAACAAUUUAUUAUCAUCUACAUCACUUAUUGUUGAUCCAACAUCAUCUUUACCUCAUCAUCACUCCCACCAUUCAUCAGGAGCAUCUCGUCAUCAUCAUUCAUCAUCAUCAACAUCCACAUCAACAACAUCAUCUUCAUCUUCUUCCUCAUCAACCAAAGAGUCAAAAAAAUCCUCAUCUUCAUCCCAAAGCUAUUCACAUACACCGAUAACUGCGAUGACGAAAACAUCCUCAUUGGAUUCAUAUACUUAUCCACACAUCAGGAAUAUGCAAGAUCCUUAUCCAUUUUUAUCAUCAAAUGGACGACUUACAACUUCAGGAUCAGGACAAAUUCAAUUGUGGCAAUUUUUACUUGAACUUUUAGAUGAUCCAACAGCCAAACAAUGUAUCAUCUGGGAUGGUAAUGAUGGUGAAUUUAAAUUAACUGAUCCAGAUGAGGUCGCCCGCCGGUGGGGUGAAAGGAAAAGUAAACCAAACAUGAAUUAUGAUAAACUGAGUCGUGCCCUCAGGUAUUAUUAUGAUAAAAAUAUAAUGACCAAAGUCCACGGGAAAAGAUAUGCAUACAAAUUUGAUUUCCAGGGAUUAGCUCAAGCUAAUCAACCCGCACCACCCGAUCCAUCAGCCUACAAGGCUUAUCCAUCAGCUGAAUUUUUCAUGCCUCCCCCUGGUUAUCAUCAUCCAACCACCCCUAAGAUUAACUUUGCCGCAGCCUCAUUGACACCCUCCUCGGGAACCGGAAGUAUCUUCAGUCCAUCAACAACCUAUUGGACCAGUCCAACCGCAGCCGCUGCAAACCUUUACUCAAAUAUUGCAGCGGCCUCACAUCAUGCAACAAUGCCUCAUCAUCAUCAUCAUCAUCAUCACCACCCCUCUCAUGUUACACCUCAUAUUACAUCUUACACACACUAUGCAUGAUGAUGAUGCUCCCUCACUUCAUCCUCAUCUUUCAUCCUCAUCCUUCAUCAUCUUCAUUCAUAUUGAGAUGGUUAAAAUAUUACACACAAAACUUAUGGAAACCACGAAAAUCCCAAAGCAAAAGGUUAAUCAAGUUAAUCAGCAACAAUUAAAAAUAAACCAAUUUGACAAAUUAAAAAAAAACAAACCACAACCUUAAUUGUAAUCAUUAUGUUAGUUGAUUGUUUGCAUUUUUUAAUCACAAUUAAUGCAAAUCCAAAUAUUGAUGUACAAGGAUUUUAAAAACACAGAUAAUACAAAACUAAAUUAAACAAUCAAUAUUAUUAUUAUUAACUUAUUAUUA